GGAGUUAUGUUUUCUAAUCAGAAAAGUUAAGCUUUAAAACUUUACUUCGUAUAUCAAAACAAGUUUAUGAGUACUAAUUUCAUGCUAUAAAUUUGUAAUAUGAAGUUUGAUUAUAGAAGUGAAAUUUGAUUGUAAAAGUGAAAUUGUUAUUUUUACAUUGAACCAGAGCCCAAAUCAAAGCCAAAGGGGAAGGAAGAAGGAAUACCCUCCACCCCCAACAACCACCCCUUCCAAGAAACCAUAAAGAUUCCCACAUUUGAGGCACCAAUACUUCUUCUUCCCCCCUCUCUGCCCUUCCUCUCAUCUUCGGGCAGACAGACCUCUUUCAUCUUUUCUUCUCCAUUUUUCCCCUCCCCAGACAAUCUCUCCUUGCCCUUUCUUCAAGAUUCAACGAAAUCUCUGUAAUUCGCUGAAGAAGAAGAAGAAAGAUUGCUCCUUUUUUACCCUAACCAAGAAAAUCCGGCGAUCCAAAUAGAAGGAGACGAAGAAGAAUGUCUGGGUUGAAGCACAUUGGCGAUGAUGAUAUUCCAACAUCCCCAGGAAAGUUCAAGCCUCCUUACAAUAGUAAUAGGUUCCGGCUUCAUUCCUCCCUCCCAAGACUCACCUUUUGGUCCCUGCUCUUCUUGGCCUUGAUCUACGUCAUGUUCUUCAGAUCGCCGCCGUCGUCUUCCUCCUCCUCCGCCGCCGCCGCUUCAGAUCUCUUCAGGAGAUCCCUCAGAACCAGCAUCUACGGCGGCCCGUCCUGGGAGAAAAAGAUCAGGGCCUCCGCGAAACCCAGAUCAAGAAACGGCAUCACCGUUCUUGUCACCGGCGCCGCCGGCUUCGUCGGGACCCACGUCUCGGCGGCCCUCAAACGCCGCGGGGACGGCGUCGUGGGGCUCGACGUUUUCAACGACUAUUACGACCCGUCCUUGAAACGGGCCCGCCAGCAGCUCCUCGAACGCAACGGGGUCUACAUCGUGGAAGGGGACAUAAACGACGCCGCACUGGUGAAGAAAUUGUUCGAGAUCGUCCCGUUCACGCACGUGAUGCAUCUCGCCGCUCAGGCCGGCGUCAGAUACGCCAUGGAGAAUCCGGCGUCCUACGUCCACAGCAACAUCGCCGGCCUCGUCAGCCUCCUUGAAGUCUGCAAGAGCGUGAACCCGCAACCCGCCAUUGUCUGGGCAUCUUCAAGCUCCGUCUACGGCUUGAACUCCAAAGUCCCCUUCUCCGAAUCAGACAGAACCGAUCAGCCGGCGAGCCUCUACGCCGCCACCAAGAAAGCCGGCGAGGCAAUCGCCCACACCUACAACCACAUCUACGGCCUUUCCCUGACCGGACUGCGUUUCUUCACGGUGUAUGGACCUUGGGGAAGACCGGACAUGGCCUACUUCUUCUUCACCAAAGACAUAUUGAAAGGGAAGCCAAUUCGGGUGUUUGAAGGGGCAAACCACGGGACAGUGGCCAGGGAUUUCACCUACAUCGAUGACAUAGUGAAGGGGUGUCUGGCAGCUCUGGACACGGCGGAGAAAAGCACAGGGAGCGGAGGGAAGAAGAAGGGCCCUGCCCAAUUGAGAGUUUUCAACCUGGGGAACACCUCCCCUGUCCCUGUCUCAGAUCUGGUGAGCAUAUUGGAGAGGUUGCUGAAGGUGAAGGCGAAGAGGCAAGUGAUGAAGAUGCCGAGGAAUGGGGACGUCCCCUUCACGCACGCGAACAUCAGCUCGGCGAAGAGGGAGCUCGGGUACAAGCCUUCUACAGAUUUGCAGACUGGGUUGAAGAAAUUUGUUCAAUGGUACCUCAGUUACUAUGGCAAUGGUGGAAAGAAGGGAUCACAACACUGAAAAACUGCCAAAAAAAAACAUUCUUUGUGAUCUUUGGUUUGUCUGUCUCUUCAUUCAUUCUUCCUCUUAUCAUUGUUUCAUUUUUCCAUUAUUAAACAUGUUAAAACAAAAGUACCCACAGUCCCACACACACCCUUUGUUUGUCUACUUGAUCUGUUGUUGUUGUAUAUCUGUAUAAGGACACUCUCUGAUCAUAAUCUCCUCCCAAGGAAGGAUGAAGUGAAGCUCAAGAGAUUAUUUUUUUUUAUUUUCUUUUCUUUCUUGUUUUUCUUUUAAAUGGUGGAUAUUGUUUUGGUUGAUGGCCAUACUUUGUGUGAUAUCAUAUCAUCUGUUGUAUCAAAUGGGGAGUUUUAAUGCCAAUUCUUUUUGGUGAUGUAAUGUAAUUUGUUGUAUCAUUCCCAGGUUCAAAUAAAGCACUCCUCCACAGUUUCUCUUAUCUGUUUUCUUUACAUGUGAACACCCAUAAUUGGUAGCAUUUGACCUCUUAUCUUUCUUUCUUUUGUGAUUCCUUCUGCAUUUUCUUCUUGGGUCUUCUGGGGUUAAGGAGCAAAAUAGGAGUAAAACAUUGACAAAAUUCCAAAAUAGGAGUUGAAAGAUAAAAUCCUCAAAAUAGGAGUUGUUUGUUGGGAAAUAUCCCUCCUACAUGGAGGAAGUGUCCAAUUUUAAUUGGACAAUACUUUACAUAUAUCUUUUGUAUUUGGGCUUCUUUUAUGUGUAAAGUUUUAGCCCAUUUGUUUUGGUGGCCCAUUUAUCUCCUUUAUGUGGCUAGUAACUAAAAGGAAGAUAAGAGAAAAAAAAAAGAAGAGGUGAAGCAGGCAGUAGCUAACGCAGGAGAAGAGGAAGAAAAAUCAGGUUUCCGCCACUGUGCAGCAGCCACUUUUCUCGUCCGGAUCAAAGGCCAAACGAAGUCCGAUCGUACUCAAAUUUUAGUAUGCUGUUCCUCACAUACUCCUCUUCAAAUCCAAUGGUCAGUUUCUCGUUUUGAUGCUCGGAAGGUGGUUUUCUUGCUGCGUUUUCAGACCUGCGUUUUUGGGAGUUUUUACUCCAUUUUAUGGUGAAUUGUUGAUUGUUGUUUGUUCCAAGGUUGCUCCUUGAUGAUUGUGUAUGCCUCUAGUGUUUACUAGAGAGGAGAACUUGUUGUACCCACUUGAUUCUUGGUGAUUAGUGGAAGUUUGGGAGCCGUUGUUGAGCGGCCGUGGUUUUCUCCCCGAUUUGGGGUUUCCACGUAAAUCGUGUGUCAUCUAUUUUAUUAUCGCUGCCAUUUA